UAUCGUACAAUUGUUAUUGUUAGAAACAUAACAUGGAUCGUUCAAUAAUUGCACCUUAUCGGGCAGAAGAAAAGGAAUUAUGUAUAAUACUCUAUCAAAAAUUGUUGGGUUUAACAUUAUUGUAUCCGGGUAGUGAAGAUGUACGCAAAUGUUUGUCUGAUGAAAUGUUUCUUAAGGUUAAUCAACAUGCUUUCUUUGAAAUCAUGUCAUACUUAUUUCGAGUUUUCGAUGCUGCAGAAUUCAAGAAACGAUUCUUUUGGCCAAUCACAGACAAAAAAUCGGAAGCGAUCUUUCGCACAAGCACUGUUGAUUACUUAAAAUUCAUAAACGAAAAAUACCAAUUAAAUUGGAGUGGCAUUAAAUCGUAUUUAGUGGUGAUGCCAGGUGGAGUGAAAUUCAUUAAAUUUUUGCUGGGAUUCAUAAAUUUCAUUACCAGCGAAUUGAUUAAACAGAAAGAGAAAUACUUAUGUGUAAACUUGGAUGUACCCAAACAAAAUAUGGCCAAAGCCGAUAUAGGAACUCUUAUUAAAAAGGAUAUUUUCUUUAAAGAAUACGUAUCGGCCUAUCUAAAGACUGCUAGCGAAGUCAAUGAUAUAUUGGCCAAGAAGAGUAGUCUCAUUCAUAAGCAAUUGGAUCUAUUAGCAACCGAGACAGGGUGCAGUGUGGAAAUCCUGUUAAGUGAAAAUUUUCUGCAAAAAUUUCAAGCCAAUGUACAGUUGCUAUACGAAGCGAAAUUCAGCACUAAACGUUCUAAUGUAUUAAAAAUGCAAGAAAGGAUUUCGGAAGCUUAUCAAGUUUUUGAACAGUUUCAUUCUAAAGAAAGAACCUCUAAAAAAAAUACGGAAUGUUUGUAUGAACAAUUGCCUGGUGAAAUACCAGAAUUCAAACUGGCAAAUGCUGCAAAAAUUGAAGAUGAAAUCAAUAUCAACGAUUUGAUUUCUAAGUACAAUUGUAUGCAUGAAUCUAUCCAAUUGCAAUUGUCUCAUUUUCACAACGCACCAUAUCCGACAGAAGCAACCGUAAAUAAGUUAAAUGGUUUGCAGCACGAAUUACUGCAAAUGGGAUCCCAUCUCACAGAAUUCCAGAAAAAGAUCAACUAUGGCAAAAAGAAACCUAGCACCCCCACGCCCACGAAUUAUAACUUAACCAAACCUAAUAUGGAAAGCAAUUUGCUACCAAUGCUUGUAUGCACUCCGCCUAUAAGACUUGAUGUACCCGACAAUUGCGGGAAGCUUCGUCUCUCUCUUUUUGAUGCCAAGGGGCAUUGCAAUAAUGAAAACUUCGACAGUUAUAUAGGACCAUCGAGAUUGGCGCAUCAAGAUGAUAAUUCAGAAGAUAAUUUGGAAAACUGCAAAAAGAAUUUUGUGAACACAUCAACAAUCAUUGAUCCUGUAAAGUUAUUAAAAUCAAUCAACAGAGAACCGUCAAAAUAUAAAAGGGUUUUGCAAAUAGAUGAUCACUCGUUCAGAAAUGACUUGAAACAUUGGAUAUCAUCGCCCCAUAAAGUACAUGACGAAAAAGCUAGCCCUGGUGUAGACGUGAUGCUGAAAAGUGAAGAAAGUUCAGAAAGUACUGCGCUGGAAAUAGAAAAUGUUGCUAAAUCGCUUGAAAGCUCACCAUAUACACCAUUAAAUACGAAAAAUUGCACACGCGUAGACAAAUUGCAUUUUUGUGAAAGUAAUAGUGAUGGUGCCAGAAAUUUGGCGUAUUUUAAAAAGUUGUCUGCUAUCAAAAAGGUGCAGAAUGCUUCAAUGAAUAUUGAUAACAUAAGCACAAGUCCGUCGGGGCGCUUAGAACCCUUGGUAACGAUGGAUGUUGUAAAUCCUUCGUUACCCAAGAUCGUGGUAAACGAUGUAACAGUUAACGAGGAAUUGUGUGGACGAAAUGCGCCUGUGCGCGUUAAGUAGCGAAAAUAAGCUAAUAAUUGCUGGAGUAUAGAAAAAAACUAGUAAAAAUAGACAAAUUUGAGGUAAAAAAUUAACUAUAAUCUAGAUACCAAGAGUAUUGUGUUUUCGAAGAGAUAGAGGAAUUCUUGGAAUCAUGAAUCAAGCAACCUCUCAAGGGUAAUUUUGUGCUAAAAGACAUUCGGAAAAAUUAUGGCCGACGGAAAGCGAGAUAUUUACAAGAGACGAUAUAUUUGCAUGGGAGAUUCAGUUCAUUCAUAAUAAUGUUUAAUAUUCAAUGAGGCCUUAUUUACUCUAAAGCGGCCGUUUCAUAUAGAUUUAAGAUUUCUACUUUCUAACUAUCGACAAUGUACAGUCUCAACAU